CCUGAACAACAUUUUGAGGUAACUGCACUGAUGAAGUCAGAACUAUCGAUGGUGAAAUAACAGGCUAUGAAAGCAACCAACAUGAUAUGCAACAGCUGCCAGAGACUUCAGAGGAUUAUAAAGAAGAACGAGUGGUUCAUAAAUAAAAAGAAUCAAGCCAAGUCAACUUUGCCUAGAGACAAAAAUAAUUUAUCGUUCGGAUCUCCUAGUAAGAACGUUGAAAAAUAGAGAUGAGGUCGAGAUACAGGACGGGGCUAAAUACACAGGAGAAUGGAUGGGUCAAAAACGCCAUGGCUACGGUUUCCAAACCUGGAAAGACGGCUCGAGGUAUGAAGGCCAAUGGCUCAACGAUAAAGCAAAUGGUGAAGGGACUCUUCACCAUGCAGAUGGUGAUGUGUAUACAGGAGAAUGGAAAAAUGACAAAGCUCAUGGAAAAGGCACCUAUACUCAUAUCAAUGGCUCCAAAUACGAUGGUGAAUGGAUAGAUGACAAGCAGGAUGGCUACGGAGUUGAGACUUGGCCUGACAAUGCUAAAUAUGAAGGCCACUAUAAGAAAGGCAAAAAGCAUGGGGAAGGAACCCUCAUUUUCGCUGAUGGGUCAAAAUAUGAGGGCUAUUUUAAAAACAACCAUAUCAACGGUCAUGGAAUAUAUGAAUGGACCGAUGGUAAAAGAUAUGUAGGAAAUUGGGAGGAUAAUAAAAUGAUGGGUAAAGGAAAGCUCACCUGGAAGGAUAAAAAAUCUUACGAAGGAGACUUCAUGAAUGAUAAACGGGACGGAUAUGGUGUCUUCAAGUGGGGUGAUGGCAGAGAGUACGAAGGCGAAUGGAAAGAAGGCAAACAAGAUGGUAGAGGAAAGUUCACUGCAAAAGACGGGACUAUAUCUGAGGGAAUUUGGGUUGCAGGCAAGAGAGAAAAGAAGCAUGUUGAGAAAUAAGUCAGU